UGUUAAUUUCAGCUGUGUUGUUAAAGGUUCUUUUUGUGCUAAUGAAGCAGGUUUAACAUAAUAACUGUCUUUUCAGGUAUUAAGUCAUCGGAUUGAAGGGACACGGCGUAUGACCUCCCACCCAGUCCUUCCACUGUACCUGUUAGGGUGUCAGGAUGGGUCAGUGGUUGUGCGAGAGUGGCGUCACAGUUCCAUCGUGGCCCGACCGCGGCCUGGCGGCACUUUCGCCAAGGUUGCACGUGUGCGCUUCAACCAGCAAGGAAACAAAUUUGGAGUGAUUGAUGGGGAUGGAAACUUGUCCCUCUAUCAACUAGGUUUAGCAUCACAAGUCAACAAGCAGUUCUAUACUCACCAGUGCCAUAAUAAGCAUGGCAGUGACUUUGUCUUCAUUGGGUCAUCUAGCCUCAUUGCUACGGCUGGACAGUCCUCAGAGCAUCGUAAUGUUGCACUCUGGGAUACUCUGAUGCCACAACGAAAAGCAAAUGUUGUCUCUUGGACUUGUCAUGAUAAUGGAGCUUCAGCUUUGCUCUAUGCUCCACAACAUCAAGUGAUCCUGUCAGCUGGUAAGAAAGGAACAGUGUGCAUCUUUGAUGUCAGACAGCGAACUCUGCGACAGAAAUUCCAGGCCCAUGAUGCUGCAAUCAAGUGUAUGGCAUUAGAUCAAAGUGAAGAAUUCUUCUGCACUGGUUCAGCUGAUGGUGAUAUUAAGGUAUGGGGGCUUUCCAUCCAUAACCUGAUAUACAACUUGCCUGGUGAGCAUUCACGAUCAUCUUUAUUCAAGAACUUAAGUCAAGGUGUGACACAGCUCCAACUGGACAAUAAGAAUCGGCUUUUCUCCUGUGGUGCCGAUGGCUCUAUCAAACUAAGACAACUCCCUGAAAGAGACUUGAAUAUCAGUCUCUUGUAAGGUGCAUCAUUCUAUUGUUUUGUUUUUCCUUUUGUAAUUACAAAGCAUUUCUUAUGCUAAAGGGAGUUUUUAAAGGCACAGAUGCUUAAAUAGGUUGAUUUCACCAGAAAACAAUGCAACACACAAUUUUGUUUCUAUGCAAUCUAUUAAAAAUCUAGGUACUAGGUCUUUAUAGAAAAAACAUAGCAUUUUUUAAUGGUUUCACAGUUUCAUCAAUAAGUUGUUGUGCAUCUAAGGUAGUUUUAGUUGGUGCUAGCAAUGACUCAUUUGAAUUUAACAUUUUAUGCAGGAGUAUAGAAGAGGGAUGUGCAGUUCUUAUUUAUAGGAAGUAUAUAUGUAUAUAUGAAUGGCAGUAACAAGUUAAGGCUGUGUGAACAUUACAGUUAAUUUAAGAGAAGAUUUUUUUUCACAGUAAGUUUCAGGACUUUUAAAUAGGGUAUGCCAAUUAUUUUUGUUUUCCUAUGGAAAUAUGGAAAUGACUGGUUUCUGUUUUUCAACUGUUUUCCCUCUGGUAUUUAUUAUUAUUUAUCUAAGGUAUGCUGAAAGCAUAAACUUAAAUGAAGCAAGUAUUAUAUGAGAUAGCUAUAGAUUAUAUUACAAAAAACAGACAGUUUUUGUGUAUAGGCUGAGUCAUAUCUCAGGUUAAUAUAUAAAAACAGAGAAAGAAGAAAUAAUCAAUUAAUAUGAAUGAUGUGAUUGAUGUAUUGUUAAUGCUAAUAACGUGGAAUGUCUGUUUAUGUAUAUGUUCGUGUGCAUCUAUCUAUGUGGUUGUGUGAAAAGGGACCAUAAUAAUGUUGGUGUAUUAUGGGGCCAGUUUUGAGACUGGAAUGUGAAUGUAAAUGUACCAUGGCCACCAGUUUACCUGAUUGCAUGUAAGUCAGAAAUAAUGGUGCAUUUCAGGACACUUAGUAGGAAUGACUAGAAGAGUGUGCAUUUGCUUAUAUAUAUACAUACAUAGAAUGGUUCAAGCUGAAUGGCUGAAGUACUUUAAUGUUUUUCAUAUAAGGAACUAUUAUGUUUUAAUGAAUAAUGCUAAACACAAAGCACUGAAUCAUGAACACAUUUUUGCUGUCUUCCUUUAAGUCUGUCUGCAAUAACCUUUUUUCAGAGAAUUAAUGUUGUACUUUGAAGAAAAUAAAAGUGUUUUCACUCAUUAUUAAUUGAUUCUAAUGGUAAUUUACUUUGCUUUUUCAUUUCAAAUAGGACACAAUUACUGCAUAGCUGGUAUUGAUUAAAUAGGAACAGUAAGAUAUAAUUUUUCCAGUUUGUGAUGGAAAUGAUGAAUAGUGUUGCAUAAGAAAUGAUGUAUUAAUAAUGAUAUAAGAAGGUAGUGAAAAAAAUGUAACAGCACUGAUACUGGACACCCAUAUUGUGUAUAUAUAUGUACAUACACUGUCGUGUAUAUACACACUUGCACCCACUUUAACCUCCUUAACCAUACUACAGUUUUUGUGCCACAUAGAAUCCCAAUAAAAGAGAUUAUGUUAACUCAGAUGUAAAAUGAAAUACAAUUAAGAAAGAGCUAUCUCAAAACCUAUCCUCUUUUGUUUAUAUGUAUAUGAAUUUACUUAGGUUUUAAAAUUACAGAAGAUGUUCAGUUUUAAAGUUUUAUUAUAAUAUAUAUUGUAUAUCAUAGUUUUUUUUUAAUUAUUUAAUUUGUUAAUGACAAAAUAUAAAUAUAUGUAAGUAGAUGCUUGUUGAUUCUAACUCAUCUGCUUAAAGUUUUUAAAAAAUCACAUAGUUAUUUUUAGGGAAAUUGAAGGAGAGAAAAGCACAUGCAGUGAGAGAGUCAUUCAUCUUCUGUGCUGGAAGAAUGAGAAGUAAAGUUAAAUAGACAUGUUGAUGUUUUUUCCCCUCAUAGUGAAUAGCAGAAUUCAGAUCUGGUUCGAAGUGGAGCUUCAGCAGGUCAUUUCAGUGAAAUUUUGCCUUCCAUUGUAUAUCAUAGUUGAUGAAAGUCUGUCAUCACCAAGGAAAGACCAUUUAAUUGGUUAUGGAUCUCCUCAUCUUGUUAUAUACCUUGAUAUAUCAAUAUAUAUGCUGAAAUGUCGAGAAUAAUGUUGUAUUGUAACAAAUAAUUAUAUGAUUUUUAUUAAAGUCCAUGUUGUACGGUUGUAAUGGUAGCAGCAGAGUGUAACAGAUACAUUAUGAUUUUCCUGUUUCCAAACAACACCAAGUCUAGGAAUGUGGUAAUUAUCUUUUGUUAUUCCUUCUUGUUUGUAAAUAACACUUUGCUUAGCUGUAUUUCCAUAAAUUUGUUGAUUGUUUACAAUAAAUACAGCACAUUUCCAAUGUAGCUAAAAAGAUCGAUCCACUUGCAUCGUACAUUCCAGAUUUUAUAUUUUUGUCCCAAGUAUUAUAACGAAAUAAGGUCAUAAUAAUGUAUUGUGAAGGUUAUAUGUAUACAUAGUUUUGUGGAAUGGAUAUAAAUGUUAGAGCGAAGAA